CCUAAAUUUGAUUUCCACAAGUGUAUAUAUCUACCAUCCUCAGCACACAUGCUGUUCUGCCCGACAUGCGCUAAUCUCCUCGUCAUAUCCUCAGAAACAGGGUACAAUAAAUGGGCAUGCAAUUCCUGUCCAUAUGAGUUUCCCAUCUCGAAGCAGAUGACUUCCCGUUCGCGUAUGAAGCGCAAGGAAGCAGACGACGUACUCGGAGGAGAGGAGACCUGGCGAGAUGCUGAUUCUACUGCAAUCACUUGUGACAAGUGCAGUCAUCCUCGCGCAUAUUUCUAUCAGUUACAGAUCCGAUCUGCGGAUGAGCCCAUGACGACAUGUAUGUUAUUCCUCUCAAAUCAAUUUACGACGCUUGACACUGAUUCACUGCUUCUUGGGAUCAGUCUACAGGUCAGUGUUACUGGCAUCUAUGAUAGCCAGUUUGAUGAUCGAGCUCCAGAUGCGCCGGAUUCACGUCGGAGCCACCACCCACACUCCCAUCUUGAUUCCAUUCAUUGUUCACGGUGUGAGGAUUUACACCCACCUCCGAAUUAUUGCGCCCCGGGACCUCAGCGCGGCUCGGUGCUUUCUCCAUCCCAGGCUGUGCAUGCUUACAGUACCCUCGCCCCCACCGCUGUCCCUCCACAAUUUCCCCCGAGCCCGCCACCUAAAAGCCCAGCUGUCAUCAUAUUUCAAACUUUUACUCUUCCGGCAGCUGAUAACUGUCAUCAUGCCAACGUCAGCAUAUAACAGGCAGGGUGAACGAAUACUACUGCGACCGUUGGAACGGGUUGAAUCGGUGACAAACUUACAUCAUAGGCGUAUAGCUUUCCAAGUUGGCGGCCGUGGGCGCGCGAAUGACAGCGGUAGGCGUUCCGCUUUGGCUGACAGAAAGGCUGUACGUCGGAGGCCGCCGUGUCCACUCAUCUAUGAAUAUCAUCGCCUUCAUGGUCAAGUCGAUGCUGGAAGUCGAUGGACUAGUCGGUGUAUACUUGUCUGAGAAUUCAGAAAGUUUACAUAGUAGCUCAAAUAAUAGUCACUGCUAGUCGAGUUGUCAUGAUGACACUUGCAAUGCGCUAAUGGUUACUUCUCGCGAAGUGA